AUGGCCGCCCCUCUCACAGCGAUGCUUCUCCUCGCGGGGGCCUAUUACGCCGCCCGACUCGCCCCCCGCGUGGCCCAAAGAGUCGCAAUGGCCCAAGGCGGCACCGCAGCCGCAAGUGCCUUUCACACACAUCAGCCGUACCGGCGAUAUGAGUCCAGUUUUGAGAGUGUGAUGUCUGAGCGGGAGGCGCUGCUGCUGCUCGGUUUCUCUGAAAAGGUCGCGGAUGCCACUUUCACUCGCCCGUCCGAGCAGGAGGUGAAGGAGCAUUACUACAAACUGAUGAAAAAACUCCAUAGUGACGUGGAUGGGAGUCCAUUUGUAGCGGCAAAGUUAAACGAGGCAAGAGAUUUGUUAAUAAAACGAUAA